CCUGUGGCAGCCACUGAGACUUUGGCCGAAGUCCCUGAACAUGUGCUUCGAGGACUUCCGGAGGAAGUGAGGCUUUUCCCAUCUGCUGUGGACAAGAACCGGAUAGGUGUCUGGGCCACCAAACCAAUUUUAAAAGGCAAAAAGUUUGGGCCAUUUGUUGGUGAUAAGAAGAAAAGAUCUCAGGUUAAGAAUAAUGUCUACAUGUGGGAGGUCUAUUACCCCAAUUUGGGAUGGAUGUGCAUUGAUGCCACCGAUCCAGAGAAGGGGAACUGGCUACGAUAUGUGAACUGGGCUUGCUCAGGAGAAGAGCAAAACUUAUUUCCACUGGAAAUCAACAGGGCCAUUUACUACAAAACUUUAAAGCCAAUCGCGCCGGGCGAGGAGCUCCUGGUCUGGUACAAUGGGGAAGACAACCCCGAGAUAGCAGCUGCGAUUGAGGAAGAGAGAGCCAGCGCCCGGAGCAAGCGGAACUCCCCGAAAAGCAAGAAAGGGAAGAAAAAGUCCCAGGAAAAUAAAAGCAAAGGAAACAAAACUGAAGACAUAAAGCUGAAGACAAGUGAGCCAGAUCCUCCCCCUGCAAAUAUGAGAGAUUCUGCAGAAGGUCCUAAGGAAGAGGAAGAGAAGCCUUCUGCUUCAGCAGUUGAGCAGACUGACGUUCUUCAGGAGGAGGAGGUAGUGGAGGUGGCUAGUCAGGACGCGCCUCCGGAAGCAGUGGUCCCUUCCCCUGUCCGGGAGCCACAGCCAGAACCAGAGGAGAAGCUCGAAGCAGCGCAUGGUGAGGUCAAUGAUUUGGAGGAAGAGGAGGAGGAGGAAGAGGAUGAAGAUGAAGAGUUGGAAGAAGAAGGGGAGGAAGAAACUGACACGCCAAAUGAAAGUUUGGGGAAAGAACCAGAAAUACGAUGUGAUGAGAAGCUUGAAGAUUUAUUAGAGGAACCAAAAAAUAUUUCUAAGGAAAGUCUUGAAGACUCUCCAGAUGCAGCGUCUAUUAUAAAAAUCCCUGAAAUGAAGGGAGAGCCCAAUGGUGACGUAUUUGAAACGUUUCUGUUUCCGUGUCAGCAUUGCGAGCGAAAGUUUACAACAAAACAGGGACUUGAACGGCACAUGCAUAUCCACAUAUCUACCAUCAACCAUGCCUUCAAGUGCAAGUACUGUGGGAAAGCCUUUGGUACACAGAUCAAUAGGAGGAGACAUGAGCGCCGCCAUGAAGCAGGGUUAAAGCGAAAACCCAGCCUGACACUACAGCCAUCAGAAGACCUUGCUGAUGGCAAAGUAUCUGGAGACAGUGUUACUCCUAAAGAGGAGUCAGACCCUCCCAAUCUUGGGCAAGACUGUCUAACCUUGAACUCAGAGAAAGCAUCCCAAGAAAUAGUAAAUUCUUCUGUUGUAGAAGAGAAUGGGGAAGUUAAAGAACUUCAUCCAUGCAAAUACUGUAAAAAGGUUUUUGGAACUCAUACUAAUAUGAGACGGCAUCAGCGUAGAGUGCACGAGCGCCAUCUGAUCCCCAAAGGUGUGCGGCGAAAAGGAGGCCUGGAGGAGUCCCAGGCACCAACCACGGAGCAGGCCCAGGCCCCCCAGAACGUCUACGUCCCUAGCACAGAGCCGGAGGAGGAAGGGGAAGCAGAUGAUGUGUACAUCAUGGAUAUUUCCAGCAAUAUUUCUGAAAACCUCAAUUACUAUAUUGAUGGCAAAAUUCAGACUAACAACAGCACUAGUAAUUGUGAUGUGAUUGAGAUGGAAUCCAGUUCGGCUGACCUGUAUAGCAUAAAUUGUCUCCUUACACCGGUUACAGUGGAAAUUACGCAGAAUAUAAAGACCACACAGGUUUCGCUAACAGAGGAUCUUCCUAAGGAGCCUUCCAGCAGCACAAACAGUGAGUCCAAGAAGCGGAGAACUACCAGUCCACCUCUGUUGCCUAAAAUUAAAGCAGAGGUGGAUUCAGACGCAGCGGCCCCCUCCUGCUCCCUCAGCCUGCCGCUUACCAUCGCAACCACAGAAGCAGUAUCUUUUCAUAAAGAAAAAACGGUUUACUUGUCAUCAAAGCUCAAGCAACUUCUGCAGACACAGGAAAAACUAACUCCUCCUGCAGGAAUUUCAGCAACUGAGAUGCCUAAAUUGGGUCCCCCUCCUGUGUCCGCCCCUGCCUCACUGUUACCUGUGGCCCCAAGUAGGUUUAAGCGGCGGACCAGCUCUCCUCCCAGUUCCCCACAACACAGUCCUGCACUUCGAGACUUUGGGAAGCAAAGCGACAGUAAAGCAGUGUGGCCGGAGGCUGUCCUGGGUUCCAAGAAACCCAAAUUAGAGAGUCACAGCAACUCACCAGCCUGGAGUCUGUCUGGCAGGGAUGAGAGAGAGACUGUGAGCCCUCCCAGCUUCGAUGAGUUCAAAAUAGCUAAAGAGUGGGCAGUCAGUUCAACGUUUAGUAGUGUUUGCAACCAGCAGCCUCUGGAUUUGUCUAGUGGCGUGAAGCAGAAGGCUGAAGGUGCAGGCAAGACUCCAGUCCAGUGGGAAUCUGUGCUAGACCUCAGUGUGCAUAAAAAGGCCCCCAUUGACUCUGAAGGCAAAGAAUUGAAAGAGAACCAUUCAGCGCAGCCAGCCUGCAGUGCUGUAAAGAAAAAGAAGCCUACCACCUGCAUGCUGCAGAAAGUCCUUCUCAAUGAGUACAAUGGCAUCGAUUUACCUGAAGACAGUGCUGCGGAGGUGGCCAGGAGCCCGAGUCCUUGUAAAUCACUCGAGCCCCAACCAGAUCAGGAGCUUGGCCCUGGCUCUAGUGUAUCCGCUCCUACUGUUGAGUCCCCCUCUGGUGUUUCCCCUUCAUCUCCCCCCAUGCAGCCAUCUUCCCUCUCCUCUGGCCAGCUGCCUCCUCUCUUGAUCCCAUCAAAUCCCUCCUCUCCUCCGCCCUGCCCUCCUGUCUUAACUGUUGCCACCCCACCCCCUCCACUCCUUCCUACGAUUCCCUUACCUCUCCCAGCCCCUCCUUCAGAUACAUCCCCUCCUCCGUGCCCCUCUCCCCUCUCGAAUGCCGCUGCACCGUCAUCUCCCCUUCCGAUUCUCUCCCCUACAGUGACCCCCUCUCCGUCUCCCAUCCCUUCUGUGGAACCGCUUGUGUCAGGUGCAUCACCUGGGCCUCCAAUACUUUCUUCUUCAUCUUCCUCCUCUUCCUCCUCCUCAUCUUCUUUCUCAUCGUCUUCCUCCUCCUCUUCCCCUUCUCCACCUCCCCUCUCAGUAGUAUCAUCCGUUGUCUCCUCUGGUGAUAAUCUAGAAGCCUCCCUUCCUAUGAUCUCUUUUAAACAAGAAGAGUUGGAGAAUGAUGAUCUGAAACCCAGGGAAGAGCCCCAGUCUUCAGUUGAACAGGAUGUUGUUCAGGAAACAUUCAACAAAAACUUUGUUUGCAAUGUCUGUGAGUCACCUUUCCUUUCUAUUAAAGACCUAACCAAGCAUUUAUCCAUUCAUGCUGAAGAAUGGCCCUUCAAAUGUGAAUUCUGUGUGCAGCUGUUUAAAGAGAAAACAGAUUUGUCAGAACAUCGCUUCUUGCUUCAUGGAGUUGAGAAUAUCUUCGUGUGUUCUGUCUGUAAAAAGGAAUUUGCUUUCUUGUGCAAUUUGCAGCAGCACCAGCGAGAUCUCCACCCAGAUAAGGUGUGCACACACCGUGAGUUUGAGAGUGGGACCCUCAGGCCCCAGAACUUCACAGACCCGAGCAAGGCUCAAGCAGACCACAUGCAGAGUUUGCCAGAAGAUCCUUCUGAAACAUCUAAAGAGGAGGAUGAGGAAGAGGAGUUAAAUGAUUCUUCUGAAGAGCUGUACACUACCAUAAAGAUAAUGGCUUCUGGAAUGAAGACAAAAGAUCCAGAUGUGCGAUUGGGCCUCAACCAGCAUUACCCGAGCUUUAAGCCACCUCCAUUUCAGUACCAUCAUCGAAACCCCAUGGGGAUUGGUGUGACAGCCACAAAUUUCACCACACACAAUAUUCCACAGACUUUCACUACUGCCAUUCGCUGCACAAAAUGUGGCAAAAGUGUUGACAACAUGCCUGAGCUGCACAAACACAUCCUGGCGUGUGCAUCUGCAAGUGACAAGAAGCGGUACACCCCGAAAAAGAACCCUGUCCCUUUGAAACAGACGGUGCAACCCAAAAAUGGAGUGGUGGUUUUAGAUAACUCUGGGAAAAAUGCCUUCAGACGCAUGGGCCAGCCCAAAAGACUGAACUUUAGUGUCGAGCUCAGCAAAAUGUCAUCGAAUAAGCUCAAACUGAAUGCAUUGAAGAAAAAAAACCAGCUUGUGCAGAAAGCAAUCCUUCAGAAAAAUAAGGCUGCCAAGCAGAAGGCUGACUUAAAAAAUGCCUCCGAGUCAUCCUCUCACAUCUGCCCUUACUGCAACAGAGAGUUCACUUACAUCGGGAGCCUGAACAAGCACGCUGCCUUCAGCUGUCCCAAAAAACCGCUUUCUCCUUCCAAAAAAAAAGCUGCUCAUUCAUCCAAGAAAGGUGGACACUCGUCACCGGCAAGCAGUGACAAGAAUGUCAACAACAACCAUCGCCGGCGGACGGCAGAUGCGGAGAUUAAGAUGCAGAGCACCCCAACUCCUCUGGGCAAGACCCGAGCUCGCAGCUCCGGCCCCACGCCCGUCCCCUUGCCCUCCUCGUCCUUCAGGUCCAAGCAGAAUGUUAAAUUUGUGUCUUCAGUGAAGUCCAAAAAGCCAAACUCCUCCUCUGUAAGGAACUCCAGCCCCAUAAGAAUGGCCAAAAUCACGCAUGUCGAAGGGAAGAAACCCAAAGCUGUGGCCAAGAAUCACUCUGCCCAGCUGGCGAGCAAAGCGUCCCGGAGUUUGCACGUGCGAGUCCAGAAAAGCAAAGCAGUUCUACAAAGUAAGGCUGCCUUGGCGAGUAAGAAAAGAACAGACCGGUUCAGCAUCAAAUCGAGAGAACGGAGCGGGGGGCCGAUCACCCGAAGCUUACAGCUGGCCGCCUCCACCGACUCUGGUGAAAACAGGAGAGAGGACAGCAGUGCCAAGCAGGAGCUGAAGGACUUCAGCUACAGUCUCCGCCUGGCAUCUCGCUGUCCGCCACCAGCAGCUCCGUACAUCACCAGGCAGUGUAAGAAGGUCAAGACCCCGGCUGCAGCCCAGUUCCAGGGACCCUUCUUCAAAGAGUAG